UCCGCCCACCCCUGGGGCCAGAAGCCGGCACAAUUGCCUCUCUCCGGAUUUCCACUAGGGUGAACGAAUGGGCUUGAAAGCGAUUACAGAUGCCGGAGGCACGUCGAGAAAAACGUGUCGUUUGGAAGAAAGUCUGUUUCCUACAGGGACUGCAGUUGGCAGCUGCAGCCACUUUUGGUUUCGGGAAAGGCUCUGCCCGCCCCUCCUGCGGAAGCGAGGCGGUUCACGUGCGCGCUCGGCCUGGAAGGACGCGCUAGCAGCGAGACUCGAACCCGGGAAACCAGUGGCGCCCGGCGGGCUCCUGUUUCUAGCAGAACCGGCUGGUCCAGGUUGGAGUGGAGGAAGCCGGCUUGCACAGCUGUCUUCGGUUGGGCUAAAGCCUCUUCUCCCUGCUCUCUACUCUCCCUCCCGCCUCGCGCCCCAGAAAUUAUCUGAAGCGUUGCCAGUUUGAUUCCAGAGCCCCACUCGGCUGGCAGAACAGACCUCGGAAGCGCCGCUGUGAGGACUUAACUGGGAACUGGAAUCGUAUCCUCUUGUGUUUUUUCAGACUCCUUGAAAAUUAAGGAAUGCAAUUCUGCCACCAUGAUGGAAGGAUUGAAAAAGCGUACAAGGAAGGCCUUUGGAAUACGGAAGAAAGAAAAGGACAAUGAUUCUACAGGUUCACCAGACAGAGAUGGAAUUCAGCCCAGCCCACAUGAACCACCCUACAAUAACAAAGCAGAGUGUGCGCGUGAAGGAGGAAAAAAAGUUUCGAAGAAAAGCAAUGGGGCACCAAAUGGAUUUUAUGCAGAAAUUGAUUGGGAAAGAUAUAACUCACCUGAGCUGGAUGAAGAAGGCUACAGCAUCAGACCGGAAGAACCUGGCUCUACCAAAGGAAAGCACUUUUAUUCUUCAAGCGAAUCAGAAGAGGAAGAAGAAUCCCACAAGAAAUUUAAUAUCAAGAUUAAGCCAUUGCAAUCUAAAGACAUUCUUAAGAAUGCUGCAACUGUAGAUGAACUGAAGGCAUCAAUAGGCAACAUUGCACUCUCCCCAUCACCAGUGGGUGCAAUUAAAAGGAACUUAUCCAGUGAAGAAGUAGCAAGACCCAGACGUUCCACACCAACUCCGGAACUUGUAAGCAAAAAGCCUCCAGAUGAUAAUAUGGCCCUUGCUCCUCUCUUCGGCCCACCAUUAGAAUCAGCUUUUGAUGAACAGAAGACAGAAGUUCUUUUAGAUCAGCCCGAGAUAUGGGGUUCAGGCCAACGAGUUAAUCCAAGCAUUGAGUCGCCAAAGUUAACAAGACCUUUUCCCACUGGAACACCUCCACCACUGCCUCCUAAAAAUGUACCAGCCACCCCACCCCGAACAGGCUCGCCCUUAACCGUUGGACCAGGAAAUGACCAGUCAGCCACAGAGGUCAAAAUUGAAAAACUACCUUCAAUCAAUGACUUGGACAGCAUUUUUGGCCCAGUAUUGUCCCCCAAGUCUGUUGCUGUUAAUGCUGAAGACAAGUGGGUCCAUUUUUCCGAUACGUCCCCGGAACAUGUUACUCCAGAGUUGACUCCAAGGGAAAAGGUGGUGUCCCCACCAGCGGCAUCAGAGAACCCAGCUGAGUCCCCAGCUCCAGGCCCUCCUGGCCCUCCUGGCCUUCCGGCCCUCCCAGGGCCUCCAGGUCCUCCUGGACCUCCAGGUCCUCCUCGCAAUGUACCAUCGCCACUCAAUUUAGAAGAAGUCCAGAAGAAAGUUGCUGAGCAGACCUUCAUUAAAGAUGAUUACUUAGAAACAAUCUCAUCUCCUAAAGAUUUUGGGUUGGGGCAGAGAGCAACACCACCUCCCCCACCACCACCCACCUACAGGACUGUGGUUUCGUCCCCUGGACCUGGCUCCAGCAGUGGUACGGGGACUGCCAGUGGUGCAUCCUCCCCUGCUCGACCAGCCACUCCCUUGGCUCCUUGCAGUAGCACCACCCCACCUCCACCUCCUCCCCGGCCUCCAUCUCGGCCAAAGCUACCUCCAGGAAAGCCUGGAGUUGGAGAUGUGUCCAGACCUUUUAGCCCUCCCAUACACUCUUCCAGCCCUCCUCCGAUAGCACCCCUAGCCCGGGCUGAAAGCACUUCUUCAAUAUCGUCCACCAAUUCCUUGAGUGCAGCCACUACUCCCACAGUUGGUUCUUCCAGGGGACCCAGCCCCCUAACCAUGGGAGCCCAGGACACCCUCCCUGUUGCAGCAGCAUUUACAGAAACGGUCAAUGCCUACUUCAAAGGAGCAGAUCCAAGCAAAUGCAUUGUCAAGAUCACUGGAGAAAUGGUAUUGUCCUUUCCUGCCGGCAUCACCAGACACUUUGCCAAUAACCCAUCCCCAGCUGCACUGACUUUUCGGGUGGUGAAUUUCAGCAGGUUAGAACACGUCCUGCCAAAUCCCCAACUUCUCUGCUGCGAUAAUACCCAAAAUGAUGCCAAUUCCAAGGAAUUCUGGGUAAACAUGCCAAAUUUGAUGACUCACCUAAAGAAAGUAUCUGAACAGAAACCCCAAGCUACGUAUUAUAAUGUGGACAUGCUCAAAUACCAGGUGUCUGCCCAGGGCAUUCAGUCCACGCCUUUGAACCUGGCAGUGAAUUGGCGCUGUGAGCCUGCAAGCACAGACCUGCGUAUAGAUUACAAAUACAAUACGGAUGCAAUGACAACCGCUGUGGCCCUCAACAACGUGCAGUUUCUGGUCCCCAUAGAUGGAGGCGUAACCAAGCUCCAGGCUGUACUCCCACCAGCAGUCUGGAAUGCUGAACAACAAAGGAUAUUGUGGAAGAUCCCUGAUAUCUCUCAGAAGUCAGAAAACGGAGGAGUAGGUUCUUUAUUGGCAAGAUUCCAGUUAUCUGAUGGUCCAAGCAAACCUUCCCCAUUGGUUGUGCAGUUCACAAGUGAAGGAAGCACCCUUUCUGGCUGUGACAUUGAACUUGUUGGAGCUGGGUAUCGAUUUUCACUGAUAAAAAAAAGGUUUGCUGCAGGAAAAUACUUGGCAGAUAACUAAUCAAAUCUUAUGUGCAAGGAUUUGGAGGAUUCAUAUAACGGAGGACUGUCAUCUGAGAACCAGGUUUUAAUUUCGGUUUGAUGAAAACAAACCAAAAUCUGCUCUUGGGAUAUACCUGCUGGAAACCUCAGAGACUUUCAGCAAUGAUUUCCCUCACACAGUACCAUGAUGACCAGUCGUACAGUAUUUACUUCUAGGUGUAAUAUUGUUAAUGGUUUUAAAAUGUAAUUAUUGUAUUUGUAAAUUGUACUCAUUCCAGUAAGGCAGUUAGACACUUGAGUUUUAGCAUUUUACCAUUCCUGAAAUGGAUGUAAUUUAAACUGUGGUAUGUAAAUUUAAUAGUAGUACUGUUGAAUGGCACAAUGCUUACAGAGGUAGAUUGCAUUUUGUCAAUAUAUCAAAUUUAAAUAUUAUAUCGAUAGCUGUCAGAAAGGGGGUGCCACACACAAAGAAAAUUAAGUGGAACCAGAGGAAAAAAAACAAAACUUUUAUUCAGUCUUUAGUAUGUCUUACUCUAGUGCUAAAUAAAAACUCUAUCUUCAAAUGUUUAGUGGGUUGAAAUUCAGAAACUAUUUCAGAAAAAAAAAAAAUUCUAAGGUUACAGCGUAUUCAAAGGAAAGCAUUACCACUUUUUAAAAAGCUUUUUUUUCAAACUGCAAAUUUCAUAAAAAUGCAAACUGUGUAAACAAGGCCUCUUAUUUUUAUAACUUGUGUAAAAAGGGAAAGCAAUUCAUAUUUAAAGUUUAAGUAUAUAAAAUUAUAAUCAAGAGAAAAGAAGAUGCUGAAGUCUUAACUACUUCUCCCUCUCUCUGUGGAGAUGACAGAAUCAUCAGUCAGACUAAAACCAAAAUUGGGAUUUUAAGAUUUAAAGACUUUCCAUAGUUGAACCGAUUGACAACUUUGGCACAAUCACUCUGAAUAAAUGCCCUCGCUCAUCCAACACAGGGGAAUGGAGCCUCGUGUCUCCCUCUUUUUUCCAGAGGCAUCAAAACAUUGAGGCUAAGAGUCUUAGCAGAAAACUUUCAGUCCCCUGUUUAGAAACAGAAGGAGAAUUUUGAUUGUCCUCAUUUAUAUCAUUUGGGGAAGAAAACCAUAAGCUUUAUCAAUUAAUUCUAGCCACAUGUAUUGUGCAAUAAACUUCCUAUUGGAUGAACAAGAUAUACUUUAUUAAGAUUCAUUGUGUAAAACUGUAAAUCUCUGCUGUUCUUGGGGAAUCAAGAAGAGAGUUCUCAAAAACUUAUGUCAUGACUUCACUGUUGCAAGGCAUGAUAGUAACUGUCAUCGCUCCGUCCAGCCCUACAAUAUGGAAGUUCGGAGAAGAGAGUGCUUCUUCAGGGUCCCAGCUAUGAAGCCUUCCUCCAUUAAGAUUUGAAAACAUUAGUCUUCCUUUAAUUAUAGAACUUAUUUUAAACAAACCAAUUCCUGUUUUAGGUUAUACUAUUAAAUAACUGUAAUUCUUGUUGUUAUACUUACCAUCAGUUGCUAAAUUUUAUUUUCUAUUCAUUCAUACUUGACAAAAGAAACUUUUAGCCCUUUAAAUUUUAGAAUCAAAUUAAAUUUUAUAAGUCUUACUUUUAAAAUACAUUGCGACUGGCAUUUGUUUAUAGUGGAACUUUUAAAAAAUUAAUAUUUGUACUCCAAAAUUAGUGCUUAUUACCAGAAGAAUGUUCAAAAUGAUCUGUUUUGGCUUGAAAGUAUUCUUACUAUUCCAACAAACUCUCAGUUGGUACCCCAGAGCAGUAUGGGUUGAAGUUUUUUGAGCAAACUAGUUAAUAUACUCAUUUUUAGUAAAGAUAUGCAAUUCGAUUUUGAAGCCAAAAUUGAAGAUGCGAACUUUUAAAUUCCCGUGAAACAUGGGGAAAUUCAGAACACUCAAACCACCUGAAAGUAAGCCGCAGAAAAUUGAGACUUAUUCAGCAUGUGAAUAUAAAAAUGUGUUUUUAACUAAUCAAUUCAUGAACAACUUAUUGAAUAUUAACACAAACCAUAUUAAAAUAUGUAAAUAUUACUGGUUCUCAUAUCUUGAUCUUUAUGUUUUAUUUUAUGUAGUUCAAGAAUUAAUUAGUAUUUAAACUACAAGUUUUUUUCCCAAAGAAUAAUUUUCAUUAAUAUCAUAAAAAUGUAAUUGAAAACAUAGAUUACAGUACUCCCUAAAAUUAUUCAAAUGUUUCCAGGAACUAAAUUUGAAAGCAUGAAAACAUUUUAUGAUCCCUUAAUCAGUCUUUGUGAAAAAAACAGAAUGGGAGUCAGUAAUUUCAAAAUUAUUAAACCUCGAAGAACCAGAACAUCAAUAAAGAAUAUAUCCCUUCAAAAAAUAACAUAAUAAGUUCAUGUCAGGGAUUUAGAUUUUGGAGUUUCAUUUUUUGUUUCAAUCUUGCAGGUUAUCAUCUCCUGUAUCCAUAGUACUGUAUAAUGACAGUUCAGGUGCAGAAAAAUGAUCCUAAGACAAUGCAAGAGUCUCAUUAAUCAAAGAAACAUUAUGUCAAGUUCACUGUCAAUUCCUCCCUCAGAAAAGAAAUAGUACAUAUUUAUGAAGAUGAUUUUCAGUUCCAGAGGUUAAAAUAAUACCACCAUUUCCUGAGCAUUAUGAUUAAAAAAGGUUCGACUCCAGCAGGAUAGAAAGCAUGAAUGAUACUGCUUUUUUCAGCAACAUGGAAAGUAUGUUUUCUUUUCAAAUAAAAUCCAUAUUUUCAUGAAGUUUUUAAAAAUAAAUUCUUACUAAGAAUUAGUAUGAAUCUUAUCUUAAUUUAAAUUUAUAAUUACUAAGAAUUAAAUUUGUUAUUCUUUUUAAAGCUCUAUUCUUCUCUGCACCAACAGCCAAAAUGAAAAUUCCGCGUAUGGCAUUUGGGAACAUGUUUCACCUAUAAAUAAAGAAUGUCCACAUUUCAAAUGGUUUUGAGUGAAUAGAUAGGAACUCCUCAGAAAGUCAGACUUGAAGUUUUUUAGUUUUUUUAAAUGUAUUUUCACUCAGUCUCAAUCUGCAAAGUGUUUUAGGCCAUAAUUUCACAUCUUGUCAUUUCUUCAAAGAAGCCUGUAAGUCUAUAGCAGCUUUUGCUAUGUGACUUGACUCUAACGCUUACUUUGUGACCUUGGACAAGUCACUGUCCUUUUCAAUUUCUCAUACAUAGAAUGAGGGGUUGAUAUUAGAAGAGUUUUCAAGUUUUUCUUAAGAGCAGGUUUUUUCUCUAAUAAAACUGCACAUGGAAUUCUGUUAGACAAAACAGAUUAAAGCAAUGAAUGAGUUACUCCAGCAGUUUAAAUCUAAGCUCCCAAGAGCACAGUUUGAAAACCACUGUAACACGUAGAUCAUCUAUGAAGUUUCUUCCAACUCCAAAGUUCCAUGACUCUACUUCACUCAGGUAGAUCCACCUUUUGGAAGUUUAUAAGUUGUAUAGUCACAGUAAUUGAUUGAUACCAAAAAAAAAAAGCCAAACCCUUUGCUGUCGAGUGGAUUCCAACUCAAUAGCGACCCUAUAAGGACACAGUAGAACUGUCAGCAUAGGGUUUCCAAGGACCGGCCAGUGGAUUAGAAUUGCCGACCUUUGGUUAACAGCCAAACGGGUAACCACUGCACCACCAGGGCUUCUUAGGCAGAUUACUUAAAUUUGGCACACGAUACAAAUUCAUACUUAGUUUACUGCUUACCAUGUACCAGUUUUAUUGUUACAUCAACCCGAAAG